GAUCAGCUUUUCAUGUCAAUUAUGCAAGCAGAAUUAUGCAAAAACAGUGUUUUCUUCCAAACUCUGAGUUGAUGGGAGCACGGCUGGCUGGGUCCCAUGCUGAUACACAGGAGCCUAAUACUAACCCUCUGGUAUCCAUUUCAGAUGAGCCAGAAACACUGUACAAGAGAUUGUCCCUUUUAGUUAAAGGCCACGACAAAGCUGUGUUGGACAGCUAUGAAUAUUUUGCAGUGCUUGCAGCUAAAGAACUUGGCAUCUCUGUUGAAAAAGUCCAUAAACCUCCAAAGACGAUAGAACGAUUGACACUUCUAAAAUCUGUACACAUUUACAAGAAGCACAGAGUUCAGUAUGAAAUGAGAACACAUUACAUCUGUUUGGAGUUAAAAUACCUAACAGGCAGUACUGCUGCAGUUUACUUGGAGUACGUUCAGCGAAACUUACCUGAAGGGGUUGCCAUGGAAGUAAAAAAGACUAAGAUCGAGAAAAUACCUGAACACAUUCAGGAACCAGUGUGGGAUACGCUACCUCCAGUAGAGGAAGCUGAAGUCAAGUCAUGAACUCACCAGGUACUUGACCCAAUUCAUGCUGAAAUUAGUUGCUCCUGUCAACUGAUUACUGAGACAGUCUACUGUUAAAUAAAGUUCUUGUAUAAA